CCUUUUUCUUUUUUUUCUUUUUUAUCUUUGAUUUUUUAACAAUAUGACUGUACCUGAAAACCCUUCCAAGGUUCUUGAAGCUCAGUUGGCCCACAGACCUGACGUUCAAGAGUUGGUCGAUAGAAAUAUUAUCAAAGAUCCCAAAGUUGCACCUGCUAUUCAGCAACAACGUGAUGAGUUAGAAAAGCGCAAGAUUGAAGACUCUCUUCGUCAUAAAAUUGAUCAUCGCCCAACACCAGAAACGCUUGUUGAACAAAACAUCUUAAAAGCUGAUCCAAAAGUUGCGCCUGCUCUUCAAAGAAAUCAAGUUGAUUUAGAAAGAAACCGUUUACAUGAUGCUAUGGAGCAUAAGAUCCAUGAUAGGCCUGAUCCUAAUGAACUUGUCAAACAAGGCAUUUUAACUGAGGAAGAAGUUCCCAAAUGAAGAAAUUCAUGCUAUUGAUUUUUUUUAUUUCGUAGUAAAUAUGGUUGUUGCAUUUGAUACUUUUUUUUGAGUAUCUGAGUCCCUUAUUCUCUACUUUUAGUCUGUAGAUCUUUGUGAGUAUGGAAUUUUUCUUUUAUUUACAUACAGUAUGUUGUCUUGCAAACCCCCUUUUUUUUAGUUUCCUUAACACUGAGAGAACAUUUAAGCUCAGGAGUAUCUAAACGUAUUAAAGCUUUGAUUUGAUUGAUGUAUGUUAUUCCCACGCUCAUAGUAUCUUUGAUAACUGUGAAGCAUAAAGACGAUGUAUAAAUAAGCAU